AUGCCACCAAAACAAGAUACCCUUCCCAAGAACUGGCCGCCGAUACUCCCAUACCUCAGAGCGCCAUCAUACAGCAAAUCACUCACCCCAACCUAUCUCUCAGCCCUCCGAACAAAACCUCAAGAUAUCCCAGUCAUCCCAACGAAUACCCCUCGAGGCCCAUGUCAACUAGUCCGAAUAACGCCCAUAACCUCACCUUCCCACCCAACAAACGGCCAAUCCGGACUCUUCGCAACACGAGACCUCAAACCAGCGACGUUCAUUCUGCAAUAUAUCGGAGAAAUCCACGCCACUCCCUCAAACUCAGAUCCUGACCCUCACGCAGAAUCAAACUACGACCUUAGUCUAGAUAGAGAACAUGGGAUUGGUAUUGAUGCAGAUAAGAGGGGCAAUGAAGCGAGGUUUAUUAACGAUUAUCGGGGCGUGGCGGAGAGGCCGAAUGCGGAGUUUAGGGAGGUGUGGGAUGAGAGGAGGAAAGAGAGGGGGAUGGGGGUUUGGGUGCUGCCGGAGGGGAAGAGUGGGAAAGGGAGGGGGAUCAGAAGGGGUGAGGAGAUAUUGGUUUCUUAUGGGAGGGGAUUUUGGGGGGCGAGGAGAGAGGGUGAGGUAUAG